CAUUUUCUUUCACAUCUUUCCUUUUCUCCCUCCAGACACCUUGCCUUUGGAGUCUAGAGACUCAGAUUUGUUGUAUGGCUGUGGAAAAACAAGUCAUUUUAAUUACAGUAAGCUUUCACAUCUGAAAAAUGGAAAUAAUACUAGCUACAGGAUUCCUUUGUGGAGACGAGACAACAAAGUGCAAAAACUGGGAAAUCGCACAGCUCCUUGUAAAAGUUUGUCACUAGGAUCUCUCAAUUCUAUUUCCUUUCGUUUUUCAUCUCCUGUUCUUCCCUGGCCAAUUAUGGGACUAAGAAAUUCUUCAAAUUGAGGCCGGGUGCCGUGGAGCUCGCCUCUAAUCCCAGCGGCGAGGCAAGAGGAUCACAAGUUCAAAGCCGGCUUCAGCAACUUGGGGAGGCACUACGCAACUUGCACUUGCAAUGUGCAAUUGUCUCAAAAUAAAAAAAAAAGUUCUGGGAAUGUGGCUCAUUGGUUAAGCGACCCUGGGUUCAAUCCCUGGAACAAAACAAAGAAAUCUUCAGGUUGAGUGUUAGGAUAUCCUUCCAAUCGGAGUGAAGACUCGAAGGCCCCGCCUUCCCUGCCUAAAAGGACCAAUGAGGUCGUGCGGAGAGUGGCGCGGUCUCUCGUUUGGGGGUCGCCUCUAAUGGAACCUGCACUUUUCUUCCUGCUUCCGCCCAGCCACUUUUCGCCUGGUACCCCAAACUUGGAUGAAGAGUUCUUCCUCUUCCUCGUCCCAUUCGCCUAAAUCCUGGAAUCCAAAGGGUUGAGCAGUGGGGACCGGAAGUGUGCGCAGCAGCAGCGGGUCCCCAGCAAAUCGCCGGAAGUAGCAACUGCUAGAGGAGGAGUCCGCCGGCUUCGUUAUGGCGGCCAUUCCCCCAGACUCCUGGCAGCCGCCCAACGUUUACUUGGAGACCAGGCCAGGCUUCACGUCAAAGAGCGGGAAGCGGCGGCGGAGAAGACCCCUGAGGGCGGACGGGGGACCGCCACGCCUGCGCCCAGCGCUGCACGGGCUCACGCUGUGGUUGGCUCGUCGAGGUUACUACAAUGGCACCAAAUUCCACAGAAUCAUCAAAGAUUUCAUGAUCCAGGGCGGUGACCCAACAGGGACAGGUCGAGGUGGUGCAUCUAUCUAUGGCAAACAGUUUGAAGAUGAACUUCAUCCAGACUUGAAGUUCACUGGGGCUGGAAUUCUUGCAAUGGCCAAUGCAGGGCCAGACACCAAUGGCAGCCAGUUCUUUGUGACUCUUGCCCCCACCCAGUGGCUUGAUGGCAAACACACCAUUUUUGGCCGAGUGUGCCAGGGCAUAGGAAUGGUAAAUCGAGUGGGAAUGGUGGAAACAAACUCCCAGGACCGCCCUGUGGACGACGUGAAGAUCAUCAAGGCAUACCCUUCUGGGUAGACUCGCUGCCUCGCAGGCAAAGCCAAGUCUUCUGCUGUGGCCCCAUCAAACCAGCUUCCAGGUGACAUGUAACUCAGCUUAAUUUUGGCCUUGAAUAUAUUGGCUCUAAGGAAGCCUGGGGCCUUGGGUGAGUUAGGAUCGAAGUGUACUUUAAUAGAAUGCUUCUCUUUCUUCACCUAGUGCCUGGACUGACGGGGCAUUCGGAGAAAUGCCUCCAUAUGUUUAUUUACAGGUUUCUGCCCCCUGUGGAUGACCCAUACUUCUCCUUGCUGUGCAUGUCUGCUCUGAUACACUUGGAACAAAAUGAAGCAGGCUGUGUCAUCUCACAGAGCCUAAACAAACUUGUUCUUGAAGAGAUUUAUAUUCUAGCCUACACUGCAGUCUCUGGUAGCUGACAGCCACAGAAUUCAAACCGAGUAGUGUCUGUCAGCCCUGUUAACCCUGCACACCCCAUCUUCAUCUCCUGCAUUUGUUCUUCCAGGGAACGUAUGCGUCUCUCUGUUUUCCCUCUCAGAACCAGAACAUCAACACUGCUGUUUCUUAUGCUUAAACAUCCCACACAAAGCCACAUUGAAUUUUUGCCAAAUGAAAAAUGCAUCCAACAAUCAAGUUUCUAAGAAGGUGCCAAGUGAGGAAUGAUAAUGUUUAAUAAUUGAGAAAGGAAUUUAUUAGAAGGAAGCUGAGGCAUUGACCAUUUUUUCCCCAGAAGGAGAAGAAGUCUGUAGUGAGCACAGGACGGACCGCAUUUUCCUCAGAGCAGCACCCUCCAGGAAAAGCACCGCUUAUGUUUUUAACCUAAGACUUUAGAGAAAUCGGAUGAGAUUUUUGUACUUUUUUUUUUUUUUUUAAUCUUUUAUGAGUUUUGGGGUAGGAGUAGGGAUGAGAGGAAGUAAAUACCUAUGUAAUACAUAGAAAUUUCCAAAUAAAAUGC